AUGACUGGCCACCACAGUUGGGGAUAUGGGCAGGCUGACGGCCCUUCUGAGUGGCACAAAGCUUACCCCAUUGCCCAGGGGAACCGCCAGUCCCCCAUUGACAUCGACUCUGCACGGGCAGUCUACGACCCCAGCCUGCAGCCACUUGUCAUCUCCUACGAGUCCUGCACCUCCCUCAGCAUCUCCAACACCGGCCACUCCGUCAUGGUGGAGUUUGAGGACACAGAUGACAGGACAGCAAUCAGUGGAGGGCCCUUUCAUAAUCCAUUCCGGCUAAAGCAGUUCCACUUCCACUGGGGGACCACACACAGCCAGGGAUCAGAGCACACCAUUGAUGGAAAACCUUUUCCCUGUGAGCUCCACUUAGUACAUUGGAAUGCCAGAAAAUAUGCAACAUUUGGAGAGGCAGCAGCAGCUCCAGAUGGCUUGGCAGUAGUUGGUGUUUUCUUGGAGAUUGGGAAAGAACAUGCCAGUAUGAACAGACUCACUGAUGCUUUGUACAUGGUAAAAUUUAAAGGAACAAAAGCUCAGUUUAGAGGCUUCAACCCUAAAUGUCUCCUGCCCUUGAGUCUAGAUUAUUGGACAUAUCUUGGUUCUCUGACAACCCCACCCCUUAAUGAGAGUGUAACAUGGAUAGUGCUGAAAGAACCCAUCAGAAUCUCUCUGAAACAGCUGGAGAAAUUCCGCAUGCUGCUCUUCACUGGUGAGGAGGACCAGAGGAUCCAAAUGGCCAACAACUUUCGCCCCCCUCAACCCCUGAAGGGGAGAAUUGUUCGAGCUUCCUUCAAGGCCUGA